UGUUGCUGUCAAGUUAGGUUGACUCAGUGACCAUGGCGACGCUCUGGCUGCACUUGGUGUUCAGGUUAUAAAUGAAGGGAGGCAUUUAACUUCGCUUCCUACCGCUGCCCCAUCUGCGUUAUAAAAGCAUAUCAUUUUUGUCACAUCGAGCAAUUAAUAACGUUGUACUCACUUUAAAGCAUUUAUUUUAGAGAUUAAAGAGAGUGGAUGGAGUAGGAGUGUUAGCCACGGUAGUAGCUCAAAAUGAAGGGACUAUAUUGCCAGUUGACUGAAGCUAAUGAAGACAUGAAGUUUGUGUUUCAGGACAAGGAAUUUGUUUCUAGUGUAGGCGAUCAUUAUGUCAAAAUACAGGUUAAAGUUUGUGCUUUCAGUCCCGUGAAUACAAAGCUGCUGAUGGAACUAAAAUUGCAGGAAGAUUUUUUACCCAUUGGAAGAGAAGUUGCUGGGGUAGUUCUUGAGGUUGGACCAAAAGUGAGCUUCUUUAAGCCGAAUGAUGAAGUCGUAGGUAUCCUGCCUUUGGAUUGUAAAGAAUCUGGGCUCUCCAAUACUCUGCUGGUUCAUGAGCACAGCCUUGUAACUAAACCUGAAAAUGUGAGCUGGGUGAAUGCUGCAGGAACUAUUCGUGAUGGAUUGCGUGCAUAUAUGGCCCUGCACACACACUCUCACGUCAGUGCUGGAACAACUGUGCUAGUAAUGGAAGGAGCAAGUCCAUUUGGGACCAUUGUUGUUCAAUUGGCUCAAAAUCGCGGAGCAAAAGUAAUUUCUACUGUAGACAACCUUGAGGACAAAAUAUACUUGGAAGGGUUGAGACCAACAGUUGGCAUCAGACAACCUUUGGUAGCCAGGGUUAUCAACUUGUCUGAUGGGAAGGUUGACCUUGUGGACAGUUGUUUAGAAGAAACAGGUGGCCUGGGUGUGAAUAUUGUGGUGGACUGUGGAGUGCAGCUCUACAGCAAGGAAGAUGAGCCAGCUGUCAAACGGCAUCUCCCACAUAAACAUGACAUCCUCAGUCUUCUGGCUGUUGCAGGUCACUGGGUAACAACAGAGGAGAAUCUGCAGCUUGACCCACCAGAUAGUCAAUUUCUAUUUCAUAAAGGAGCAACCAUUUCAUUCCUGAAUGAGGAAGUGUGGCAACUAUCAAACAUGCAACAAGGGAAGUACCUGCAUAUUUUGAAGGAUGUAAUGGAGAAGCUGUCCACUGGAACCUUUCGGCCUCAGUUGGAUGAACCCAUUCCAAUAUAUGAAGCCACAGUUGCUAUGGAGAUGGUUCAGAAGAAACAAGUCAAGAAAAAGCAAGUGGUUCGACUCUGAGACAGUGUCGUUAUAACUGAUUUCUGUGAACAGCUAAAAGAGUGGCGCUGUCUCCAGAAGUGUCUAUUAUUCUGGUCAAAUUGACAGCUUCAAUUCCACUUCAGUAAUUUAACAUUAUAACCACCUGUUUCCUUACAAUGUUGUGGUACCUCUUAUAUUACUGAAAAGCUUAAUUUUGAGUUAUUUUAAAACCCUCUCAAAUCAUAUGAAAAGACUUAUCCUCAUAAUUUUACAUCUCUGAUGGCUUACACUGUCUCUUAUCAGUUUGCUGCAAUACCUCUUCAACAGCAGAGUAGUUGAUGGAAACUAUGUAUUCAGAGUCACAAUUGCUACCCCACAUCCCGCCAACCAAGUGUCAGCAUUUUGUAAUGUAUAAACUGUUAGAAAGCAUCCACUUUUCUUAUAGGAUGUAAAUGAUUAACUACCUGAUGAAGAUAAGCACAUGGAUAAAUGGCUUAAUUUAUUUGAUGAGUGUCUCUAGAGACAGAUCUUGCAAAUGUUGGCAGAAACUAAUUAGACAGAAUUACAAGAACGUAAGAUUGUAGCAGCAUAGCUGCUGUCUACAAGGUCAGCUCGGUAACGCAGUGGUGUUAAGGUAAAAGCCUGAAUCAGCUGCAAUGAAUUUAAUGAUGAGCUCUAUGGUUGUGAAGUGACACCGCAACACCACCUCCUAAUUUAUGCUCCCCUAACUAAGGUUACCCUGGAAACAGACUAAUUUCUUACCUUGGAUAAUUUAAAACUAUUUCAAACCGCACUAUACAGCAUUUCUCCCUGCUUUAGAGCAAAAUGAAAAGAAGUUACUUUUGUUUGGCUCUUUACCAGCUGGUUCGUCUAAAAUAAACUUUUUCUUUCAGGACUGGUUAUUGUGAAUUGUUUAUAAUCCCCUGCGCUAGCUUUGUCAAGUAUGUUGUCACAGGCCUGUACCUUUGUCAUCCCAAUGCAAUCAUUGUCUGUUCUGGGCUAACGCAAUUCGAUCAGGCCAGUAGCCUCUGACAAUUAUAGAAAGCAGUUGAAUAUGCAAUAAAUAAAAGUUUUAGAAA